AUGUCGGCUCCUAUCCCUUCUGACCGUCCUACAAAGGACGAUGAAACUCGCUCUAUUGCCUCUGAGGAUUCCGAGCUCAGCAAUGAGGAGGGCUGGGAAGAUGUCGAGCCUGAUGACGAGACACAGCCUGUUGUAGGCCUUUUCUCUGAGAAGGUCUACCCAGAUGUAAACUCGAUGCUUAAGGAGAGCAAGGACAAGCACGACUUUGAUCUGCGAAAGAUUCAAAAGGAGUUCGACUUGGACUUUCUGGGAACUAUCAAACUAGUCAACUAUGUCCGCUCCCAGGUUAAAGCCGGCAACUCGACUCCCGACGUAUCCUCAAAGGAGAAGUUUGAGAAUGAUGAGUAUUUGCAGCCUGUUCUUGAAGACGAUGCACUUUUGUACAGCUUAGACGAUAUUGCGGAGGACGAGGAUGCCGAAGCCCCAACCAGCACCGAGGCCGAACGACGAGUUAUUGAGCUGCAGGAAGACUUGGAACGCCUACAGAGCCAGUUCUCCGAGUACAGACUUGCCGUGCAGAAGUCAAUGGAAGAGCAAUUGACAAAGGAGGAUGAGAAGCUUGACAACGUUCCAUCGAAAAAGACCGUUAACAAGUUGGAGGAGGCAGACUCGGACUACUUUGUGUCUUACUCUUAUAACGGAAUCCACGAGUCCAUGCUUAAGGACGCCAUUCGCACCGACUCCUAUCGCGACUUCAUCUACGACAACAAGCAUAUCUUCAAGGACAAGGUUGUGCUUGACGUGGGAUGCGGAACCGGAAUUCUUUCCAUGUUCUGCGCCAAGGCUGGUGCCAAAAAGGUCAUCGCAGUCGACAAUUCGAAUAUCAUCGAUAGGGCUAAGGAAAUCAUCUAUGAAAAUGGCUUUGGCGAUGUGAUCACUUGCAUCCGUGGCAAAAUCGAAGAAGUUACCCUGCCUGUUCCUCAGGUCGACAUCAUCGUUUCUGAAUGGAUGGGUUACUGCCUACUUUUCGAAGCCAUGUUCGAUUCUGUCAUCUAUGCUAGAGACCGUUACCUCGCGCCCGAUGGUCUCAUGGUUCCAUCCGAUGCCACACUUCGCAUCGCUCCCUUCGCUGACCCUGACUUCAUUGCUUCGCACAUCUCAUUCUGGCAUAAUGUCUACGGCUUCAACAUGGGCAGCAUGCUCACCGGCAUUUAUGACGAGGCUCUUGUUCGCGGCAUUCAACCGUCGGUUCUGCCGGGAGAUUCUACUGUUUUCCUGAAGCUUCCACUCCACACCAUCACCGUUGAGGAGCUUACUUUCCUGAAAGAGUUCCAGGUUACUCUCAACCAAGACAUUGACGCACUUGAUGGUUGGGCCAUCUGGUUCGAUAUCUUCUUCAUGCCUUCCAGAGAGUCGAAGGUUCCGGAUGGUGCCGUUCCUUCGGAUAUGCAGAAGAAGGGCAUUGUUGCUUUCACCACUGGCCCCGAUGGAACGGAGACCCACUGGCAGCAAGGAGUCCUCCUGAUUGAUCACGGAAAGAAGAAUGGCGUUUCAUUGAAGAAGGGCCAAACUAUCGCAGGCAAGGUCGGUUACCAAAAGAAGGACCAGGAGGAGAAAUCCCGUUUGUUGGACAUCUCCAUUGAGUGGGAUUCGCAGCAGGGUGAGAAGGGAGCACAGAAGUGGGGCCUGCAAUAA